AAAACGUGUCAUAAAAUGAAUGCCUUUUUGUUGGAGAAGUGAAUGCCGUAUGGGAUCACCUCUGGAGACAAAGUAACCACUAAUCCAUUCAUUUGUAUUACUCGUCCACUGCUGUCACUGACACCAGACAUCUGAAGAAAUGCCGAUUUAUUUCCAUCGCCUCGAGAACGCCCUCAAGAGAGCCAACGAGUUCAUAGAUGUGGGCAAAAAGCCGCGGGCGCUGGAGAUCCUGUGCGAUGUCCUGCGGUCGCGAAAGCACAGGACGUGGCAGAAGAAGCACGAAGACAUUAUGAUUAAAUACCUGGAACUGUGUGUUGAGCUCAAGAAGUCAUAUGUGGCCAAAGAAGGCAUAUAUCAGUACAAAAUCAUAUGCCAACAGACGUACAUCAACUCCUUCGAGGACGUGGUCCGCAAAUACCUCGAAAUGGCUGAAGAGAAGGCACAGUCGGCGCAGAAGGAGAGCAAACAGUCGGUCCUCGAUGUGGACGACUUGGACAACGCGCAGACACCCGAAGACAUUCUGCUGAGCGCUGUUAGCAAUGAGGACACACAGGACCGCACGGACAGAGUUGUUCUCAUCCCGUGGGUUAAGUUCUUGUGGGAGUCGUAUCGCCAGUGUUUGGAUCUAUUGAAGAACAACUCGCGAACUGAGCGCCUAUACCAUGACGUGGCACACCAGGCCUUCAAAUUCUGUAUUAAAUAUAACCGGAAGACUGAGUUCCGCAAACUGUGUGACAAUCUUCACACCCAUUUGGAUAUAUUGAAGAAACAACAGCAACAGAACCAAGCGGUCGGUCAUCAGCAGCAGAACGCCAUUAACCUGAACUCACCCGAGAAGUUCAUAGAUGUGGGCAAAAAGCCGCGGGCGCUGGAGAUCCUGUGCGAUGUCCUGCGGUCGCGAAAGCACAGGACGUGGCAGAAGAAGCACGAAGACAUUAUGAUUAAAUACCUGGAACUGUGUGUUGAGCUCAAGAAGUCAUAUGUGGCCAAAGAAGGCAUAUAUCAGUACAAAAUCAUAUGCCAACAGACGUACAUCAACUCCUUCGAGGACGUGGUCCGCAAAUACCUCGAAAUGGCUGAAGAGAAGGCACAGUCGGCGCAGAAGGAGAGCAAACAGUCGGUCCUCGAUGUGGACGACUUGGACAACGCGCAGACACCCGAAGACAUUCUGCUGAGCGCUGUUAGCAAUGAGGACACACAGGACCGCACGGACAGAGUUGUUCUCAUCCCGUGGGUUAAGUUCUUGUGGGAGUCGUAUCGCCAGUACGUUCCUCCGCCCCCAACACUUGACCCCAACACUGCUGGCGGCAGUGCGGGCGCAGCGCCUGCCGGCACAUCCAUUCCUCAGGAGGACGCGCUUCUGGAGAAGGCUCUGGCGAUGUCUCUCGAAGCCGAUGAGGACAGGGGCACUGGAGUGAAGCCACCAAUGGUUGAUCCGUCAGCGAUGCCUGACUUCGCCACUAUGACUGAAGAGGAACAGAUUGCUUACGCAAUGCAGAUGUCUCUACAACACGCGCACGACUCCAGUGCCAAACCAGUCGACUCUCCCGUCCCGAUGGAGACCGACGACACCGAAGACAAAACUGAAAACAAGGAUAAAUAGCAAUCGAUUUGUCCGGUGUUUGAAGUGGUUUUUAAUUUAGUGUAUCCU